UUAAUCUAAUUCUAAUCUAGGGCACCGCUGCUCUUCCUUCUUCCUUGUUAUCAUCACACACUCAUUUCUUCCUUUUCUCACUUCGCACACGAACUUCUCGUCGUCUCCUCUCCGCUUCGCUCUCUGAGCCCUCAUCCACAUCCAUUCAACUAAAUAAUACAUAGAUUCACUCACUCACUCACUGCAACCACCAAAUCGGUGCAAGUAAUUUGUUUGUAGCAUGCCCCCAACCAUGACUACUAAAAACCCCACUCGGGCUGAAGAACUCAAGCUCCUUGCAAAUGAAGCGUUUAAAGCGCAUAAAUAUUCUCAGGCUAUUGAUUUGUAUUCGCAAGCGAUAGAAUUAGAUGAGGGGAACGCUGUGUACUGGGCUAACCGUGCUAUUGCGCAUACCAAGUUGGAGGAGUAUGGAAGUGCCAUACAGGAUGCCACAAAAGCUAUUGAAGUUGACCCUAAAUAUUCUAAGGGUUAUUAUAGGCGGGGAGCAGCAUAUCUGGCUAUGGGAAAGUUUAAAGAGGCUCUCAAGGAUUUUCAACAACUCAAAAAAAUCUGUCCAAAUGACCCUGAUGCUACCAAGAAAUUGAAGGAGUGUGAGAAAGCAGUGAUGAAACUAAAAUUUGAAGAAGCUAUAUCUGUUCCCAAAUCAGAAAGACGCUCAAUAGCUGACUCUAUUGAUUAUCGAACAGUAGGGACUAGACCUGGCUCAUCUUAUGUUUCCAUGAAGGUUACUGCUGUAGCAGCAGCAGUAGCACUUCUUGCCGUAUAUGUGAGGACAAAAUCGACCAUAGCAAUGGCAGCAACAGCUAUGGUGGUUAUAUUGGUGUUUUGGGGAACAUAUUGGCAGGAUCACUUCAAAGACACUGUCUUUAGACUCUUUACCAAGGGUGGGGCACUUGACUUAGAUGUGGAAUCACAAUAUUCUGGUGCAAGAAUAGAGGGAGAUGUUGUGACUUUGGAUUUUGUGAAGAAAAUGUUGGAUGAUUUCAAGAAUCAGAAGUGCUUACACAAAAGAUUUGCAUACCAAAUUGUGCUGCAAACAAGAAAACACCUUCGAGAAUUACCAUCUCUUGUCAAUAUUAAUGUUCCAGAUGGAAAGCAUUUCACUGUAUGUGGUGAUGUGCAUGGGCAGUUUUAUGAUUUGCUAAAUAUAUUUGAGCUCAAUGGACUUCCCUCUGAAGAUAAUCCGUAUCUGUUCAACGGGGACUUUGUAGAUAGGGGCUCCUUUUCCUUAGAGGUCAUACUUACACUGUUUGCCUUCAAGUGCAUGUGUCCAUCAGCCAUGUACCUAUCUCGGGGCAACCAUGAAAGUAAAAGCAUGAAUAAGAUAUAUGGUUUUGAGGGUGAAGUCAGGUCCAAAUUGAGUGAUACAUUUGUGGAGUUAUUUGCGGAAGUAUUCUGCUGUUUACCUUUGGCUCAUGUCAUUAAUGAGAAAGUGUUUGUGGUCCAUGGUGGCCUCUUCAGCGUGGAUGGCGUGAAGCUCUCUGACAUUAAAGCCAUUGACAGAUUUUGCGAACCUCCUGAGGAGGGGUUGAUGUGUGAACUUCUGUGGAGUGAUCCACAACCACAGCUUGGACGAGGACCAAGCAAACGUGGUGUUGGCCUUUCAUUUGGUGCUGAUGUAACAAAGAGAUUUUUGCAGGACAAUAACUUAGAUUUAGUAGUGAGGUCACAUGAAGUCAAGGAUGAAGGAUAUGAGAUCGAGCAUGAUGGUAAACUUAUUACCGUGUUUUCUGCUCCAAACUACUGUGAUCAGAUGGGAAACAAGGGCGCAUUGAUUCGUUUUGAAGCCCCCGAUCUCAAACCCAACAUUGUGACAUUUUCAGCCGUGCCACACCCUGAUGUCAAGCCGAUGGCAUAUGCGAACAACUUCCUGCGCAUGUUCUCAUAAAAAUCCAAAAUGCAAUCCCAACUUGUAAUAUUUUUUGUUGCUGCUGCUGCUGCUGCUCAAGUGCAAAAUGGCGGUGAAAGGCUGAAGACAUUAAUCAAAUUAUAGUGCAUGCUAUUCUCUGCAUAAUUUAGGCUAUAGCUAUCAACGUACAACAUUUUUCCAUAUAGUUUGUGUUCAUAACUAUUGUGAUUUUGAAUUGAUUAAUUUUCUACAUUUAAGUUUAAUUGCCUGUUUGGAACACUCAACAUGGUGCAAAAGAACAUCUACGUUGCUGUUU